AUGGGUGGUUCAAUAUUUACUUCCGGGGACGACCCCCUACACACUCCACGGAUGCCGCCCUAUGUCUAUCACAAAGUCAAAGCCGCAUGUCACGCUGCCCUACGCACCAUGUUCCUGUGCGUCACCUCACCCAUUGAGGGUCCCGAGAAGAAGGACUACGGAGAUCUCGACAUCCUCGUGGCCAUGGAGACCCGCCUUGUCUUUCCAACAUCUCCCCAACGUGAUGUUCCCAGAGGAGUGGAGGAGCUGGCGGCUGAUAUCAAGGCCGCCUUGAACGCGGAGCGCUCCAUUAUCAACCCAUAUACGAAUUCGAUGCACCUUGCCAUUCCCUGGCCCAAACACGACUUCCAGCCCGAGGAGGAGAGUGACGACACGCAGUGCUAUAUCCAGGUUGAUAUCAGCAUCUGUAAGAACAUGGACCAGAUGUUUUGGGCACUUUUCAAGAGCGCACAUGGCGAUGCCUGGACUCUCCUAGGGUCCAUUAUUCGGCCCUUUGGUCUCACAGCUGACGAUGAAGGCCUCUGUCUGCGGAUUCCUGAGAUCGAGAAGCUGGACAAAAAGAAGGCUAGGGUGCUCCUGACCACGGACCCCGUUGAGGUACUGCACUUUCUCGGGAUGCAGGUGGAAGGGUACUGGUCCGAGCCGUUUCCAACGGUUGACGUCAUGUUCAGCUACAUCGCUACCUGUCGGCUUUUUACCGUCCACGAAUCUUCACCUGAUCCUCCUCCGGACAACAACAGCACAACGAAAAGGAACAUGAAGACCCGCCCUAUAUUCCGGAAAUGGGUCGAAGACUUCCUUCCUCGCCUUGGAGCUGAUGGUCGGUUCGAGCUGCAGGGCCAGAAGGAUGUGUCCGACACCAGUGACCUCCGAGUGCGCGUUCGAGAUGAAGCCUUCCGGGCUUUCAGCGUUGAGCCUAUUUAUUGGGCGCAACUCAAGGACUGGCGGGUGAAGAAGGAGCCCGAGGCAGUGAAGAACCUGAUAAAGUCGGCAAUUCCAAAUGACCUCGACCCCCAGUUUAGAGGCAACCUGUUGAGUGCUAUCAAGAAGAUUGUGAUGCAAGACAGCAAAGAAUACGGCCUGAUACCCAAGAUGUCACUCCGGGACGACGAAGGCUUCUACGACAAGGAUAUGACGCGGGCCUUUGUGGAGGAGAACUGGGAGGAAAUAGGUAAACUGGCUUUCAAGAAAUACAGCGAUGCGUAUUACGCAGGACUGCAAUCGAAGAAGCUCAAGAAUGCGCGUGGGACCGCAAUCCAAUCGCAAUGA